GCAAAGGAAAAGCGGAGGGGGAAAAAGUGAGGGAGGAAAGGCAAGGCGGCAGCGCCCCUACCCAGCCAAGCAAAAAGCCUCCCCCACCCCUCGUCCGUUUUAAAACCGCAGCCGCUCCUUCCCACUUCCCCUCUCCUUCCACUCCGCCGGUCCACCCACCCGCAUAACCGCAAGAGCCACACGCCCCCGCGCACCCACCAAACCAAAGGGGAGAGCAGCCCGCCGCCGCGCGAGCAGCGAGCGACAGGCGGCGACGAUGGCGGCGGCAGGAGGAGGGACGCGGGAGGAGAUGGUGUACAUGGCGAAGCUGGCGGAGCAGGCGGAGCGGUACGAGGAGAUGGUGGAGUUUAUGGAGAAGGUCGUCACGGCGGUGGGGGCAGGGGAGCUCACCGUCGAGGAGCGCAACCUGCUGUCCGUCGCCUACAAGAACGUCAUCGGCGCGCGCCGCGCGUCGUGGCGCAUCGUCUCCUCCAUCGAGCAGAAGGAGGAGACCCGCGGCGCCGCGGGCCACGCCGCCGCCGCCAGGGGGUACCGCGGCCGCGUCGAGGCCGAGCUCUCCAACAUCUGCGCGGGAAUCCUGCGCCUCCUUGACGAGCGCCUCGUCCCCGCCGCCGCCGCCGUCGACGCCAAGGUCUUCUACCUCAAGAUGAAGGGCGACUACCACCGCUACCUCGCCGAGUUCAAGACCGGCGCCGAGCGCAAGGACGCCGCCGACGCCACCCUCGCCGCAUACCAGGCCGCCCAGGACAUCGCCAUGAAGGAGCUGCCGCCCACGCACCCCAUCAGGCUGGGCCUCGCGCUCAACUUCUCCGUCUUCUACUACGAGAUCCUCAACUCGCCGGACCGCGCGUGCUCGCUCGCCAAGCAGGCCUUCGAUGAAGCCAUCUCGGAACUGGAUACUCUUGGGGAGGAGUCAUACAAGGAUAGUACCCUGAUCAUGCAGCUUCUUCGUGACAACCUCACGUUGUGGACUUCUGACAUGCAGGAUGACGGUGGUGAUGAAAUGAGGGAUGCAAGCAAGCCCGAGGAUGAGUAGUAGCCAUCGAUCCAAGUGACUGCCAUCUCUAUCUCUUAACCCUUUGGGUAGUCGUGAUGCUUGUACAAGGACCAUUUUCGUUGUGUCCUUUAUCAUCGGGUCUGCUUACCUUUCCUUUUGUUAUAUUGCUAUAUUGUUAUCCCCAUGUAUUGCUUUACUUUCCUCCUGGAACCCUGUUAGUGUGUGGGGGAGAAUAACCUAAGCCUGCCUUUUAACUAGUACAAGGAUUGUCAACUCUUAUGUACUAUGAUUGAAUGGUUAUGCAUGUUCCAUAUAUAUCCAGCAAAUCCUAAUGAUGGCUUAGGUUGUGGAUU